UCAGCCAAGAUGCUAGAGCCAAGGAACUUGCCUGAGAAAGAACUUUCAGAAGAAUCAUGUGAACUGGAAGCUGCAGCAGUGCUCCCAGCAUCGUGCCUCCAACAUCUGGACAGCAGCAACUGGAAAGAGCGCAUUUCUUGCCUGGAGACUUUUGAGAGGGCCGUGGAAGAGAUGGAGAAGAACCAGAUGCCCUGCCAGGCUCUAGUGAGGCUGCUGGACAAAGAACCCGGAUGGAACGAAACCAAGCUCCAAGUGAUGCAGAAGAAGCUGCAAAUCGUCACCCUUAUUGCCCAGAAGGGGAACUUCUCCAAAACCUCAGCUCAGUUUGUCUUGGGAAAUCUUGUGGACAAAAUCGGUGAUGUUAUCUGUAGCAGUGACACCAAAGAUGCCCUGACUGCGGUGGCUGAAGCAUGUGGGUUGCCCUGGACAGCAGGGAAGGUAACGGAAGCGGCCUUCAUGCAAGACAGCCCCAGGACCCACUCAGAAACCCUCAACUGGCUAACUGGUGCCAUUAAAGACUUUGGCUUUGAUGGCAUGGAUGCCAGAAGCUUUGUUGGCUACAUUAAAUUUGCCUUAGAUGCAGCCCACCCAGAUGUGCGGGCAUCUGCCUUCAACCUCCUGGGGGUGAUGUACCUGUAUGUCGGAGCCCCGCUGAGAGCCUUCUUUGAGGAUGAAAAGCCACCUCUUCUCUCCCAGAUCGAUGCCGAGUUUGAGAAGGUGAGUGACCAGAGUCCACCCCCUCCCACGCGAGGCCGCUGCAGGUUCUGCAGAGAUGGUGCGAAUGACCAGAGAGGAGGGGACGCCCAGUCCUGCAAGAGGAACGAUGCCAUUGACAUCAGCAAGAAGAUCUCAACAGAGCUGCUGUCCAAGAUGCAGGAUGCGAGCUGGAAGGUCCGCAAGGAAGGGCUGGAGGAGGUUUCCAGGAUCCUCAGCGACCUCAGUUCCAUUCAGCCAAGCAUUGGGGACCUUCCAGUUGCCUUGAAGGCCUGUUUGCAUGACUCCAACAAAGCCCUUGUGAAGCAGACACUCAUUGUCCUUCAGCAGCUGGCGAGGGCCAUGGGCCCCGGCGUUCGGUACCACGUCAAGACUCUGGGGAUGUCCAUCAUUGGCAUCCUAAGAGACAGCAAGGGUAGUUUGCGGGCAACCGCCCUCACGACUGUGGAAGCCUGGGCGGAGCAGACUGGCAUGAAGGAAUGGCUGGAAAAGGAAGACCUCUCAACAGAUCAGAAGAAGGAGAAUGUUUUCCAGAGGCAGGGGCUCCUGGGAUGGUUGGCUGAGAAGCUGCCGGGCCCCAGUUCCACCUCCACUGACCUGAUUCGUUGCGUGCCUCAUCUCUAUUCGGCCUUGGAGGAUGGUAAGGAGGAAAUGUGCAAGGCAGCUCAUGAAGCUCUGCCCUUCUUCCUCCUCCACCUUGGUUUUGAGAAGAUGUCUGAAGCUGCCAACAAACUGAAGCCAACAUUCAGAGAUGAGGUGCUGUCACUGCUGGAGAAAGCCAAAGCUGGCCAGCCAGUCGAGUCCACGUUCAACCUCUCCAAGCCAUUUUCCAAGCUGCCGAGGGGCAAGUCUUGGGCCAAGUCAACCUCGGCUCCUCCCCAACAGCUGAGUCCGCCAUCCUUCCCUACUGAAAAUGUGGGGUCCACUGAGCUGAGCUUGGAUGUAAGAAAAGCUAAAUCAGAAGGAACCGUCCCCAAAGCUAAGAGACUUCUGAAUAUGAAACUGCCAGCAACACCUUGCAUGAAGGAAGAAAGUAGCAAGCUGGGGCCCAUCUUCAUUGUUGUCCCCAAGGCAAAAGAGCAGAGGCUCAAGGAUGAGAAGGCUCUGAAGGUGCUGAGAUGGAACUUCAGUACCCCGAGCAGCAAGUAUGUUGAGCAGCUCAAGGCUCAGAUGAGUGGGUGCCUCUCCAACUGGCUGCAGGAGGAGCUGUUCCACUCCAAUUUCCAGCACCACAUCAAAGCUCUGACUGUGAUGACCAAGCACUUGGAGACUGAGAAGGAGGGAGUCAUGAGCUGCUUGGACCUUGUCUUGAAAUGGCUUAGCUUGCGGUUGUUUGACACCAACACAUGGGUGCUGAUGAAGACCUUGGAGUAUCUCAAGAAACUCUUCAGCCUCCUGAUCGAGGAGAGAUACCAGCUGAUGGAGAAUGAGGCCUCCUCUUUCCUUCCCUACCUUCUCCUGAAAAUGGGGGGGACAAAGGAGUCCAUCCUCAAAGAGGUGCGGGCAAUCGUGAAGCAAACGACCCUUGUCUACCCAGCCUGCAAGAUUUUCUGUUUCCUCCUGGAGGGAGCCCAGGGCAAGAAUGCCAACCAGCGGGUAGGAUGCUUGAAAGAACUGGGAUGGCUGUUGAAGAUAUAUGGCCCAGCUGUGUGCCAGCCAAACCCAAGCAAAGUCCUGAAGACCAUCAUCUCCUUGACUGGAGAUUCAAACAAUACUGUCCACAGUGCUGCCUUGAAGGUCAUUGCAACUGCUAGGGUUGUGUAUGGAGUUGAGGCAUUCAAAGCAAUUGGAAAUAUAUCUGACAAACACAUGAGCUUAUUGGAGGAGAGCAUGAAAGAGGCAGAAGCCAAGCAAGCCAGGGAAGAAAAAGCAGACGCCGAGGUCUUCAACGUGACUGCUUGGGUGGGGUCAGUAGAGGGCUCCAAACUGAGCUAUGGGAAUGUCCAUCACACAGGAGAAGAAUAUUAUGUUUCCCACAUGGACCGAGCUGAGACAGCACAUGGCGACAGCAUGGCCUUCCGCAAGAAUCCUAAACAGGUUGACAUCCUCCCUCAACAUGGGAACCUGGAAUCUCAGGCUGAGAGCAGCGUCACUCCCAACAUCAAUAUGAUCAUUUGCAAUGUAGCCGGGGGCAACAUUAGCACCAGCAUUGAGGCCCUAGCACAGAUCCAAGAGAUUAUAAAGCAGGAGGACAAAGUGGACAUGAUGUCUGGCCAUACAAACCAAUAUCUGAUCGCGACGAUCCAACAGCUGAACUUCAUCCAUCGGCUCCACAUGACAUCUGAAGAGGAGAUGAGGAAGGAGCAAGUCAUUGAACUUUACAGUUGUGUUGUUUGCAACAUGGUCUCUCUCUUCCAGGUGGAGAACCUGGCCCAGGAAGCUUCUGCUGGGGUGCUGAAGGACCUCUUGAGCAGUCUCAUCACCUUAUUGUUGGAUUCUCCAGUUGAAGAGCUUCAAGAAGGGCAGGAUGCUAUCCAGUCUGUCAAUCUCUUGAUAACAGAGGUGCUGGAGAAAUCGAACCAGACCAAGCUUCUCAGUUCUUUGCUUCUUCUGCUCCAUGAAGGCCUGAGUGCCACCAAUCUCUUCGCUUUUUCUGAAAUGGUGGCCAAGUGCUUGUGGAAAAGUGCCAAGUACCUUCCACGAACCAUUGACAGCGUCAGCCUGGACCAGAUCCUGCUGGAUAUCCACAUCUUCAUGAAGGCAUGGCCUAAGGAAAAACUGAAGCAGUACGAGAGCAAUUAUCCUUUCAGGGCACUGAAGACCCUUCUGCACACCCUUUGCAAACUGAAGGGAGCCGAGAUCUUGGAUCACCUCACCCUGAUAGAGGACAGAGAUGAGUCUGAGUUGGAGGCCCACCUAUGGAAGAAUGCGAGGCACUCAGUGGGGCAGGCUGGUAUGCAUGAAGACAAAGGAGCUUCUUGUCCAGCCAAGGACAAAAUCGACAACACUCUACCUGAGAUUUUCAAGAAGAUCAACUCCAAGGAGACUGCCAGGUUGGGUCUUGAGGAGCUCUAUGAAUACAAGAAGAAUCACCCUGAGGCAGACUUGGAACCAUUCUUGAAGAAUUGCUCCCUCCUCUUCCGGAGCUACGUCAAGCAUGGUUUGGCAGUUAUUACAUCAGAGAGAGAAAGCAAGCAGAAGAUCUGA